ACUUUUACUGAAUUGGUCCUCAUGUCUUCCAUGUUGCUUCCAAUUCUCUCUGUUGUGAGAAGAGGCUAGGAAUUGUUCUUGGAGGAUUCUACUGUCCUUUCCUGACUGUGGGUUUGGACGCCCAGUGGAGAAGUAAGCUGCUUUCCAUGCAAAACCAAGUGUUGAUCCUGUUUUUUGUAUAUUUUAUGUGACCACAUCAAAGAGUGGUAGAAGAAGAAGACUCUCUGCCCCACUUUGGUGUCCUGUUCACACGGUCACCAGGAAGCAGAGCCGCCUAAACCGCAGCACACAGACAGUUCCAGCACACCACGCUCUCUUGCUGUCAUCCAGUCUAGCCACAGAGGGGUUUCUAGUGUGGAUAAUAGUGCUGGUUUCUGUUUCUUUCUCCUGAUGUUUCAUUCCCACUGCAGGACUGCUGGGCCACAGCGUGGUGUUUAUGGUAGUAAUUAUACCCUGUAGGACCCUUGUCCCCCUGCUAUUCCACUGGCCCUGGUAUGUCUAGCCCCUGGCCAGACCUUUAAUCUGCACUCCGAUGAAUACACAGAGGGACUGAACACCUCCAACACAUCUGCAAUCACUGUGUGUAUCUGUGUGUGUGUUUUUACAACUGCACAGGAGACUUUGCACCAGAGUAAUACACGGCUCUGACUUGACCAACAUCUGCUUUCCGAGUGUUUAGAAAAGAUGGUUUAGAUGAGAGGAGCCUUCUUUGCUUUCUCCACAUGUAACAGAACAGACCCCUCCUCUUCAAACAGAUGGCCAACAUGAGAUCAUUUGUUUUAGUUGGUGCUCUGUUAGAAGAUGCUGGUUCCCCAAAUGACAGCUGUGGGACGAAAACCAAAACAAUAUUCGUAAUACUUCACAAUAAUUAGGUGAAUUUCACACUGGAGGGAAAUUAACUCCAUGUGAGCAGAGUGUGGCCAUGACCUCGUAAAUAGUUAUUGCUUAAUUUACACUGCAAAGUGAAAAGGUGAGUUUGUUCUAAAUACGUUAGGAUUUUUCUUAUGUUUUUUAUCAGCUGCAAUGCGAAGAGCUUGAAGUACUUUUUUUGCGUUUCCCCGAAAAAGAAAGAGGGAUUGCCAAACAACUCUUUUUUGACGUACGCAACUCUGUGUACCCUCACCCUGUGACCGUGUCCGCAGUGUGAGUGGUAUCUCCCUCAGGACAUCGCUGUUGCUUUCGUCCUCGUAGGUGGGAAAAGUAGGCUAUAAAAUCCGUACGACCAGGUGAACGACGUCCUUGCGAGCUGAGAACCAAAGUUCUGCUGCGUGUUCUGCACUACUAUUGGCGCCAGAGACCACCAGUCCUGUAGUCAGGAUGGUGCUAGGUCACCACCUCCCCCUGCUGGUAAUACAGCUUCUGCUCAGCUACUGCCACACUGCCACCGGAUACACCAAUCGAUUCUUCUAUCAAGACUCCCUCAACAGCAAUGGCAAAGGAGAGAUCCACUUUAACGGCGUGCAGCUCCGUGUGGAUUCCUCACAGCUUUCUGUUUUUGGUGCGAGGGGCGCCAACGCCACCCUGCCAUGCCACUACUGGUACGAGCCUGAGCUGAGCUCUGCCAGAAGGGUGCGGGUUAAGUGGUCCUGGUUGCCUGCCGCCGGGGGCCUCGAGACGGAUGUGCUUGUGGCCAUUGGACCCCGUCACCGUGGCUUUGGAGAUUUCAGGGGCCGAGUUCAACUCAUGCAGGACUUCCCAGGAGAUGCUACACUGGUUGUGACUGAGCUACAGUUGAACGACACAGGUCGUUACCGUUGUGAGGUCAUCGAUGGGCUGGAGGACGAGAGUGUGAUUGUCGACCUCGAGUUACAAGGUGUGGUGUUCCCUUACCAGCCCCCUCACGGACGCUACCUCCUCAAUUUCCAGGAAGCCCAGCAAACCUGUGCAGAGCAGGACUCUAUCCUGGCCACCUUUGAGCAGCUCUUCCAGGCCUGGGAGGACGGCCUGAACUGGUGCAACGCCGGCUGGCUGGCAGACGGCACGGUGCAGUACCCCGUCACUCAGUCCCGGGAACCCUGCGGGGGGGCGGGACUCGCCCCGGGCGUCCGUAGCUACGGCAUCCGUCAUCGCCUCCUGCACCGCUUCAAUGCCUUCUGCUUCUCCUCCUCUCUCCGUGGGAAAGUGUAUUACCUCCAGAACAUGGACAAGCUCAACUUCACCGAGGCCCAGCAGGCAUGUCAAGAGGAUGGGUCUAAGAUGGCCAAGGUGGGCCAAGUCUACGCUGCCUGGAGAUACCAGAGUCUGGAUCGUUGUGAUGCCGGCUGGGUGGCUGACGGGAGCCUGCGCUACCCCAUCUCCAGGCCCCGCACCAACUGUGGCCCCCCGGAACCAGGGGUGCGCAGCUUUGGGUUCCCACCCCUACAGGACAAACAUGGGGUGUACUGUUACAGUGCUGUCAUAGAAAAAACAUAGGCCCUUCAUGUCCAGCUAUAGGUCACAAUGCCUUUAAAAGGAAGAAGUUGACAAGCCUUGAAAUGAGAUGGGAUACAACCACUGAUUGUCCACAUGAUGAUGCAAGUCUAAGCCAGUUCAUACAAUCCCCUGGUGGUGGGGUUGCACAUAUGAUCACAUGACAAUGAAACGACACGGCUUGGUAAUGUUUAAUACAGGGUGAACCACUCACAGUUAUAACAAAAGCAUGGCCUGUGUUCUGCUGCAACAACUUGCAUAUUAAAUGCAUUUUAGUAAUACCUCAUACACUAUAUUUAUCUACUAUGUAAACUUGACAGCAUAUUGAAGCUGAUGUAUUGGAAUAAUUAAGUGGCUUCUCCACUCCUGUGAAAUGAAAGUAAUGUAUUUCUACUGUAUCGGUAUAUACCUCAGUUAGUUGUUCUUUGAUUGUUGGUGGUUUAUUUAAGCUGUUGACCACUUGGAAUUAACUUAUUUUUAUAAAA